AUGCCCGUUACGAUGGGCGAUCAGAGCGCGAAUCGUGGGAUGCCAUCCAUGCUCCCGUCGCCGCCCAUGUCGACCGCCUGGGGAACGUCUGGCAGCAACAUCUGGGCCGCGGCGCCCUUGGGCGGCCUGCAUUCCGUCAGCAUGGCUGAAGCCAGCUCGCAGGCCAGGUACUACGUUCCUGCUCCUGUUGAUGAGCCGCAGUCCGCCUUCGCAGCCGCCCCGGUGCAGCCAUCGCAAGGAGGUUUCUAUCCUCCUCCACAGCAGCCUUCUCACCAGCACGCCGGGCCCAUGCUGUCCUUCAGGGAGCAAGCAGAGCCCGCCCAGCAGGCGCCUGUGCACGUGAUGAUGCAACGCCUCUCGCCCACCACCACGGCCGCCGAAAUUCGCAUCAUGCUCGUCUUUUCCAAGGAGCUGCUCAGCGUGGACCUCAUAGGCCCUGAUAACUCCGAGGCCGAGCCUCAGUGCUCAGCCCUGCUGGGCUUCCGAAGCAUGGCUGGUGCGUCCGAGGCCUGCAACAAGUUGAACGGCCGCCCGAAUCCGAGCGGCCGCGGUACCAUGAUAGUCAGCAUCGUGUCCUCUCCAGCCUACGCGUCGCCAGCUUACGGGUCGCCCACCCGUGCGUCGUCCGCUGCGCCCAACGGCGCGUCCAAUGGCUUUGCCGAGUUCUUGCGCAUGAAUCACGAGCCACAGCCGCCUCACAGCAGCGGCAUCGUGUCGCCGUCCGCCAACUCUGGCCGCUUCUUUCCUGCUGCCGCCCCUAUCCCUGCUUCUGGUCCUGGUCCCACUUCCGCUACUGCUGCUGUUGCUCCUCACCACCAGGACUUCGCCGCUCCCAACACUCAGGCCGGCAGCCGCUACAAGGAAAUAUUUGACCGUCAGUCAUUGACCGGAAACUAUCUUCCAAGCGAGGUCCCUGGGCGGCUUGGAAAGCACCUCAUCAACGCUGAAGUCGGCGACGAAGACGACCGAGAGCUUCUCAGGGACUCCGUCGCUUAUGGGCACAGGGGCACUCCGGUGCAGCAGAGAGACGCUACCAUCACACCUCCCGACUCCCUUAGCCAGGCAAUGGCAAGUCUGUCUCUCGACCCAAACAUCACUCUGCGGCCAGCGACGAUGCCGGCGUAUUACGCAGGCCUGCCCUCCGUCGUUGGCGCCAACAACAUCUACCUGCGACUCCAACAGCACAUUGCGCGACAGCACCACCAGCUCCAUCAGCAACAGCAUCACCAGUCGGACAAGCGAUCCUCUAGGCACUCGGGGAGGCACCAGCAAACGCCUUAUGGAGGGGCCAAUUACCCCCCAGUAAACCCUGCGGAUCAGAACCCCCCCUGCAACACUCUCUACGUCGGCAACCUGCCCAUGGACGCGUGCGAGGAUGAACUCAAGGUGCUCUUCUCCUUGACAAAGGGCUACAAGAGAAUGUGCUUUAGGAUCAAGCACAACGGGCCCAUGUGCUUCGUCGAGUAUGAAGACAUUGCCCACGCCACCAAGGCGCUUACCACGCUGUAUGGCUUCCCGCUGCACAACAGCGUCAAGGGCGGCAUCCGCUUGAGCUUCUCCAAGAACCCGCUUGGUGUUCGCUCCGCCUCCUCGCAGCCGGCCCCCGGGAAUCUGUACUCCAGCGGCGGCAUGCGCACGCCUACCGGCAACGGCUUCGCGGCGGCCAGCGGCCCUCCGCCCGGCCUGCCUCGACCCCCGGGCCUCAGCUCCCGGUCUCAAUCCACCUUUAGCGCCGGCAGCCGUGCCAGCAGUGCCAUGGGACCUGCUCUGAAUGGCAAUGCCCACGGCAACAGGAAUGGCAGUGUCAAUGGCCAGAGGAAUGGCACUGUCAGUGGUGGUGUCUCUGACGCUGGCUCUGGCUAUGCCCAGAGAGCACCGUACUACAGAACCGGCAUGAACGGCAUGAACGGCAUGAACAAUAUGAGCACCAUGAAUGGCCUAAACAACAUGAACAACCUAAACGGCAUGAACGGCGUUGCAUGA